AUGAACCUUUGCCUCGAAAACUUCGCCGUGUCAGACCAAGUAUUUGUCGACAUCUGCACCAUCUGCAUCACUCAGUACGGGGAAACAAUCGAAGUUUAUGACUCGACAAGCCGUCUCAUCGACAAGGUCAUUCAAGUCGCCGGCGACAAUGGGUUCCUAAUCAUGACCAACUUCACUUCCCCCGAGUUUGAAGUUCUUUGGAACGUCGUCCAAAACUACCAAUCGUGGGGUAAACACGCUGUUGACUUUGGUUUUCGUGCACCGACGUUUCAAAAGCUCGUGCUCCGUGUUGUGGUCGUCGUCGAACUUGUCACGAGACGCUUUGUAAAAACGCCCCCUAUUUCCGAAUUGCGAUCGAGGAGCACCGUGAUUCAACACUAA